AUGGCGCCCAAGUGGCUCAUGUUCGUCCUGGUGUUGUGGGCCCAACCCGCUUCUCUUGGGGCACAAGGCCAUGUGUGGCUCGAGGUGACUGCUGAUAACACGCUGGCCAUUCGCAAUGCCACCGAUCUGCUCAUCAACGAAGUGCGUGUCACUGAGAAGUUGACCGAUUUGCAGCAGCGGUUGCCCGCUACAGCUCUCUUGUCCGUGGAUGCGGACGGUCGCCUUCACGUGAACAAUACGGCAGGAAAUGGCACCGUCUUAGUGGGCGGUGUGGAUGUGGCGAGGCUCGCGGCGAGUCAUGCCGCUCUGGAGCAAGCCUAUGCGAGUCUUCAAGCGGAAGUCAAGACUCUCCGCACCGUCGUCCAAAACAUUUAUCCCUGGGCGCUCGGACCAAAGAUGUGCGUCCUGGGCGGAGGCGCCGGCUCGACCACACUGCCCAACAUGCAGAUCUACUCGCAGGGCCGUUGGCACCAAGGGCCAGCCUUGCCGACGCCACGCUACGGCUUGUCGGCAACUCAAUUCCGCGGGCAACUCUUUGCUCUCGGCGGCUUCAAUGCCUCCUUUCUCAGCACAGUGGAAGCGUUUGACGGUGCAAUGUGGAAAACGCAACCCAGCCUACGAGAGCCGCGCUACUCUCCGGGCGUCGCGGUCUUUCAAGACAAACUUUGGGUCAUGGGUGGGGAAACGGACUUUUCGGUGGUGACCAACACGACCGAGUUCUUUGAUGGUGACUCGUGGCAACCUGGCCCAUCCCUGCAGGCGCCUCGUUUUGCCUGUCAGGCUGCCGUCUACCUGGGCGUGUUGUACGUGGUGGGAGGCUGGCACAAGGAGAGCAUCGACUCGGUAGAGGCUCUGAAUGGCACCUCCUGGAUUUGGAAGCCUCGUCUCGAGAGGGGCCGUGCUUUUGCAGGUCUUGGCAUUUGGCAAGGCUUGAUGUAUCUUGUUGGAGGUCAAGUCGAUGAGAUCUCGCAAACCAAUGCCGUCGAAGUAUUCAACGGCACGGCAUGGUCACGCGGCGUGCAUAUGCACGUGCCCCGACUGGGCUUGGGUGUGGUUGUGGUGAAUGACCUGCUCUUCGCAGCUGGUGGACAUGCAGCCGACAACAUGUUGAACGUGGUUGAGGCAUUCAACGGAUCGCAUUGGGUCACAGUGGAAGCUCUCAACGUGGCCAGUGGCCAUUUGGCUGCAGGUCUCAUCGGGAAUGAUACUAAUAGCGAUGUGUGUGUGUGUGUGUGUGUGUGUGUGUGUGUGUGUGUGUGUGUGUGUGUGUGUGUGUGUGUGUGUGUGUGUGUGUGUGUGUGCGCCCCGAAUAUCAUCCGAAAUUUGACUACAUUCUUGGCACUGCCUUCAAGCACACUGCCUGAUCACCAUCACGCCGCCUCACCCACAGAGAGAGAGCGAGAGAGCGAGAGAGAGAGAGAGAGAGAGAGAGAGAGAGAGAGAGACGAAGCGUUGCGUUUGCGUUGCGUUGUCAUCAUUUUUCACUCCAUCCGACAACAUGGCCAUGAGCACAACCACGAUGAUGAUGCGAACCGGGUGGCGCCCGUCGAUGGCUACCGGUCUGGCUCGGUGCGCGUGGAAAAGGAUGGUGACAAGUAUGGCGUCUUUCUGGAUCAGCGCCAUCUCAAGACGCCCAUGGGCAAGAAGUUCUCGGUACACAGCGAUGAAUUGGCACACAUCGUUGCCAUGGAGUGGGCCACUCAGGGUGAACAUCUCACGCCGGCCACCAUGUAUGUGAGUGCGCUCAGCAACACGGCCCUAGACCACCCUUCCAAGCAAAUGCGCGAUACGGUUGUUUUUCGUGAUGCUGAUCCAGAGAGCGCACUCAGUACUUUUGAAGCCCGCAGCUGGGAUCCCCUUGUGAGCAAGUUCCAAGAGCGUUAUGGCCCUCUGCAUACCACUCGCCUGCUGGAGAUUGAACAGCCCGAGACGACGCUGGCCGCCGUCGUGGAUCGCCUGUAUCACCUGCCACAUUGGCAGUUGAGUGCGAUGGAGUUGGCCACAGAUACAACACGCUCCUUGGUCAUCGCUUUGGCCAUGCUCGAACAGGACUUGACGGCUCAGGAGGCAGCCGAUGCAGCGCGUGCCGAGGUUGAGUUUCAGAUCCAGCGCUUUGGCCGCGUAUCCUGGAGCCAUGGCAUGGAACAAGCAGACACAGAAGGUCGCCUUUCUGCUGCAGCACUCGUCAUGCAGCUAGCUCAAGCCGAAGAGGCUCCUGCACAAGGAGUUUAAUGCUAGUGUGGUUCAGGCUUUCCCAUGACCGGCGCUGCUUUCCAAUGCAAGACGAGCAAAUUGCAAAUUGAACUUUAAUUUUG